AUCCCUCACACUUAGUCCGUGCGUUGUCGUGUUUAGGUACAUCACUGAGAGUUCUUUGCUAGAAUCACGCUAUUUUAAUUUUUUCGCACCCAUAAACUCGUGUGAUAAAAUUGAUGUUUUGUAACAAUCAAAUAUCAGAUUGCUCGUCCUAAAUAAUGACCUCAAUUUAAAAUAACCGUCACGGGCUUUUUCCAUCAUCAACACGGUAUUUUGAAGGUGACAUAACAACCGGAAAAUCAAUAAGCGCGCGCAGUUUUAACCCACUUUGCAUCAUUCUAAUUUCUGUCCCGAUGCCAACUAAAUCGCAUAGAAACGUCAAAAGCGUAAACAAAAACAUUGAAUCGGAAUUAGCAAACGAAAAAAUGACUAAAGUUACAAAUGUAAAUUACAGUUUAGCUUACGAGAUUUUACUUUAUCUAAAUACGUUUUAUUUGGGAAUGUUUUUCUUGUGCGAAGUGGCGAUGGGGAUAUUAAAAGUAAUUAAUGUUCCGUAUCCAGAAAACACGAUACAAACGGAGACCGGUAUAUUUUUCGCUUUGUGUAUUGUUGAAGUUCUGAGGAUUUUCCUCGGUCGACGUGGUAACCUGACUAAUAAGAAAGUGCCAGUAUUUUUCUCUAUUCUCCUAACAAUACCGUCUACAGUGGGAGUUAUUUAUUUCAUCAUCUACCAGACAUAUAUUCUGAGGCUGGAGUACAUCUGGUGUGUGGUUAUGCUCCUGUUCCAUGGCCUGGAACUGACAUUCGCUCUUCUCUUCAUCUUCACAGUGUGCAAGAACCAGCAGUAUGACUAGAAUAAAUUUAAAAGUACCUCCAUGCCAAAGAGAUACUGAUGCCAAAUUUUUAAGACUUCCUGUCUUUCUAUUAUAAAUAAGAUAGAAUAUGGUCCUAUAAUGGACAUUAGGUAUUUUGAAGCUAAUAAACUUGAUAUUAGAUUGGUACUCUCCUAACUAUUGAGUGUUUUUCCUUUCCAUUAUUGCAUAUAAUGGAAGAAAAAAUAAAAAACAACACUCCAUGGGUAGAAUAGUAGUGAUAAAUGUCUAUUAAGAGUUAAAAUAUUAGCCUCAUAAGCCAAAAUAUGUCCAAUAUUUUUCUUAGAAGUAGGUAGUUAUUAUGCAUAGAAACUUAUAGAACUACAUAUUUAGGUGAUAUAACUUAGAAAAUUCCUGUAGCUGCUGAGCCAGCUUAGCCUUUAUUGUGGCUCUAAAAUGUUGAAUCCAAUUGUAAUAUCUCUAUUAUUGUGUAUAAUGAAGGGAAUGCUAUAUGUGUAAUAAUGUAUUGCAAAAUUGUAUAGAAAUGUGUGAAAAAUUGUUGUAGUUAGAAUGUAUAUUGUCUGCAAAAGUUGAUUAUAAAAUGUUGCUUCUAUUCUUGAC